AUGGGUCAAGGCGACCGAGCUGUCUUGUAUGAUAUCGUCGUUAGUGAGCCGGCGCCUCUAGGCAGAGUUCCAGACAAUACAAGUGAAAAACGACACUGGGUGAGAGAUGCAAGUGGUCAGGGUGAGAUCAAGAGAUUUGUGAAUCCGUGGGAAAGUUCCUAUGAUUUCUCUUUCCCCGAGAUCUUCAAGUCGAUGGUUCGGCAUAAGUUCCUAUCAGGAGACAGUCAGAGGCCAGAUACUUCGCCGCCAACAGUCCCCGUCACAAAGCCUGACUUAUCCACAUCGAGAACAGGCUCACAGGCUCUACGCACCACUUGGCUGGGCCAUGCGUGCCAUCUUGUCGAGUUCCCCAGUGGGCUUCGGGUUCUCUUCGAUCCGAUCGCCGAGAUCCCGAUUAUAGAUUGUGUUGUUAUCAGCCACUCCCAUUAUGAUCAUCUCUCCUAUCCCACCGUCCUUGAAAUUCACAAGCAUCACCCUUCUGCCCAGUUUUGUGUCCCGAAAGGCUUGAAGAAAUGGUUCACAGAGAGCGGUAUUGAGAGAGUCGUCGAACUCGAUUGGUGGGAAGAUGUUGAAAUCGCCCUGACCUUGUCAAAUAAAGAGACCUCGUCCGAGACCUCGGAACCCGGUCCUUCCAACCCUUCGAUCACGGGGAUAAUAUCUUGUCUUCCUUGCCAGCAUACAUCUGCACGGACUCCAUUCGAUAAAUCGCAUACGCUGUGGGCAUCUUGGUCGGUUUCGUCCGGGGGCAAGUCCGUCUAUUUUGCAGGUGAUACAGGCUACCGGGCGGUUCCGCUGGUCCCAAAGGGCGUUGACGAUUGGGGCUCGGAUUUCGACCAUCUGCCUAUCUGCCCGGCGUUCAAAGAGAUUGGGGAACUACGCGGUCCAUUUGAUCUGGGGUUGAUUCCGAUCGGGGCGUAUAAACCUCGCCAUGUAUUGAGUUCUGUGCACUCGAACCCUUACGACUCCGUGGAGAUAUUUAAAGAUACCAAAUGUAAGAAGGCGCUGGCAAUCCACUGGGGCACAUGGGCUGUGGCAGAAGAGAAUGUGCUGGAGCCACCUCAAUUACUCAGGAAGGCGCUUAUUAGAAGCCAGCUCCCCGAGACUGGUGUGUUUGAUAUUUGCGAUAUCGGCGAGACGAGAGAGUUUUGA